AUGAAAGUCUUGCAAGUCUCAACAACCAUUUCGAUGCUAUCGAUAGCAACCGCUACAUCCAUUGACCCCACACUUUCCUCCACUUUCGACAAAAGCAAUCUUACAUUGCCAAUUGUUAAAGAUGCCAAGUGGUAUUGGCAGAACGAUCACAUAUUCAAUUCGGAGAAUGUCAAGUUUUUCGAAAACUUUCAUCCGAAUGACGAAAAUCAAACCUGCUCUGGUGAUCGACAUGCUACACCAUUCAAUAAGCAGGUACGCGGUGCCAACCUUGGAGGGUGGCUCGUACUCGAGCCUUGGAUUACUCCAACACUUUUCUAUCAAUUUCUGAGCACACAAGAGCGUUUUGGCGAUAAAGCACCUGAAAAAACGGGCAUGGACAUGUACACAUUUUGUACAGCCUUAAGUAAAGAGGAAGCAAAUCGUCAACUUCGUCUCCAUUAUGCUUCGUGGGUAACUGAAGCUGAUUUGAAAGAAAUGGCUCAAGCUGGUGUCAACUCGCUUCGUGUGCCAGUGGGUGAUUGGAUGUUCAUUCCAUAUGAACCAUAUAUUGGAUGCACGGACGGUGCUAUUGAAGAGCUUGAUCGUGUCGCUGACCUUGCUGUGAAGUAUAACAUCGACUUAUUGCUCGAUAUUCAUGGUUUAAUUGGAUCUCAAAAUGGCUUUGACAACAGUGGAAUGUCUUCAUCUGUCAAAUGGACUUCGCGAGCAAGUACUCGACCAGUUGGAACUACGACAUUUGAACAUUGGCCUGUUCGAUCAGCGGGAUGGGCAGGAGAGUUUAAUGCGACCACAAACACAUACGAUUCUAUCAACUACAAUCAUCUGAAUCACUCGCUCACUACAGUCGCGUUAAUUGUUGAUCGAUAUGCUGACCAUCCUGCAAUUAUUGGACUUGAGCCUGUUAAUGAACCAUGGGAACUCACACCUAUUGAUCUUUUAAAAGACUAUUACUGGAAAUCCUACAAACGCGUCAAGGCCCGUGCACCACAUUGGAAGUUUGUGCUUCACGACUCGUUCCGUUUUGGGGUUCAGUAUUGGUCGCAAUUCAUGCGUGGGUGUCCUGACAUUGCUUUGGACACACACAUUUAUCAAGCAUGGCAUUCACCUGGUACAAGUGAAGACUAUUUCUCAAAUGCUUGUCAACAAAAGUACACACUUGCCGAAAUGGAGAAUGCUCUCAUGCCAGUGAUUGUUGGUGAGUGGUCGCUAGGAACUGACAAUUGUGCCAUGUGGCUCAAUGGCUUUAACGACAACUUACCUGGAUUUCCAAACAUUCAGUGUCGCUCUACCAAGUGUCCUGUGUACAGUACGUACCUCGGAUUGGAAUUCCCAGGCACUCCACUUGAUACCACUCGUCCAAUUCAAGGUCCAUAUGGUACGGGACAAUCCGGUCCGGCUUUCGGAGACUGUCCAGUUACAAGUAACGUCUCAUUCGGUCAAAACAAUGACAACGAUGAUUUUCAAUUCACACGGAACUUGAACAUGAAGAAACUCAAUGCAUUUGCAGUCGGACACGGCUGGUACUUUUGGAAUUUUAAGACCGAACUUGGAUCGCGUUGGAACUUUUUAGAAUUAGUUCGACAGGGAGUAUUUCCAAAAAAUGUGUCGAAUUACCAUGCAGACGAUGGUGUAUUUUCAGCAUGUUUAGAAGAAGACGAAGGUGCUUUCAUCUGUGCAGCUAAGCGCGGUGUUCGUCAUUUUGAACUCGUGAGUGGAUUGGAAUUUGCUUGUGGAGGCAACGACGGCAAAGUGGACUGCAAAGAUCUUGAUACGCGCUUUAACACACUUGAAGAACGAUGUGAUUGGGUCUUUAACGAAUAUUGGCACGCUCAUCGUGAAGAUGGUGCAACAUGCGACUUUGGUGGUGCAGCUCAUCUACUAGCUAUUCCAAGUCCAUUGAACGUUGCAAGUGAGAGAUUAUUGAUUACCUUUACAGGUGAAGAAGUCCUUAUUUGGACAUUUUUGACGGUUCUGGUGGCUAUUGGUGGACUGGUUCUUGUCUUGGUCAUUAAACGACACAGAAGGCGGCAAGAAUACUCGCCUUUGAUCACACACAUUGCGACAGUUUAA